AUGCCUAAUAAUUUGGCAAAUUUGUCUGCUUUAACGUCCCUUUGUCUCAGAAACUGCGGAUUGCAUGGGUUCAUUCCAUCAUCACUUGGUAACCUCAAGUAUCUAAAUUUUCUGCGUCUUUCAAAGAACAAUUUCGAGGGUCACAUUCCAUCUUCACUUGGUUACCUCAUCCAACUUUCUACUCUUGCUCUGAAUUCUAAUAACUUGACUGGUCCAAUCCCUUUUGAGCUUGCAAACCUAACACAACUGACUCAACUUUUUCUAUAUUAUAACACAAUUAAGGGUCAGAUUCCUUUUGGUCUUAUGAACCUCACACAAUUAACUCUCUUGAACCUUGCGGGCAAUAACCUUUCAGGCCAGAUUCCAAGCUCAAUAAUUCAACUCAAGAAUCUUGAAUUUCUUGAUCUUUCCAUGAACUACUUUAGUGGUACUGUAGAGUUUGACAUGUUUGUUAAGCUCAAAAGGUUAACUAUAUUGCAUCUAUCUUAUAAUCAAGUAUCAUUACUUAUUAGUGAAACCAGUGCCAAUAGAACUCUUCAAAAGUUUCAACAAUUAGGAUUGUCUUUAUGCAACUUAAGCACGUUUCCAGAUUUCCUAGCAAAUCAAGAUAAAUUGGAGUGGUUAGAGCUAAAUGUAAAUGACAUUCAUGGCCAAGUACCAGAAUGGUUUUGGAAGAUGAGUAAAGAAAGUCUACGGGUACUCAGCCUUUCUUACAACUUUCUUACAAGCCUUGGUCAACAUCCAGUCCUUCUUCCAUGGACUCGUCUGGCCAUUUUAGACCUAAGGUCUAACAAGCUCCAAGGAUCACUUCCAAUUCCAUCAUUCUCUACCUUGGAAUAUCAUGUAUCAAACAAUUCAUUGACUGGAAAAAUUCCAGAGUUGCUUUGUAACAUGAGUUCUCUUCAGCACCUUGAUUUGUCUGAGAACAACUUAAAUGGUUCACUUCCUCAAUGCUUGCACAACUUUGGUGAUUCUUUGUUCAUAUUGGAUCUACGAAGGAACAAAUUUGAAGGAAGCAUCCCACAAACAUGGACAAAAGGAAGCAAAUUAAUCGUGAUUAAUUUCAGCCAAAACAAAUUUCAAGGGUGGUUACCAAAAUCUUUGGCCAAGUGUAUAAUGUUGAAGGUCCUUGAUCUCAGCAAUAACCAGUUCAAUGAUACUUUCCCCUCUUGGUUAGGAAAACUUCCAAAUUUGAAGAUUCUCAUUUUGCGUUCAAACAAAUUUUAUGGCCCAAUUAGGAUUCUUAAAGAAAAAUAUGAGUUUUCUAGUUUGCAAAUUGUUGAUCUCUCAUACAACAAUUUUACUGGAAGGUUGCCAUUAAUACUCUUUCAAAAUUGGAAUUCUUCCAAAUUUGAUCGUGUAGACCACUUAACAUAUAUUCAAGUGGAGUCAUCUUUCAUUAUGGAAAAUAGUCCUCAAAGUUACAUAUGGAUUUUGAAGUAUAAUUACUCAAUGACAAUGACAAACAAAGGAGUAGACAUACUUUACGGGAAAGUCCAAGAAAUUUUCACAGCUCUUGAUUGCUCAAGUAAUAGAUUUGCGGGAGAAAUUUCGGAAUCCAUUGGAAAUUUAAAAGGCCUUCGUUUGCUCAAUAUUUCUAAUAACAUUCUCACUGGCCACAUUCCACCGAGUUUAGGAAACCUUGUAGAGUUGGAAUCAUUGGACCUUUCUCAAAACAAACUCUCAGGUGAGAUUCCUCAACAACUAAUGCAACUUACUUUCUUGGAAUACUUCAAUGUUUCUUAUAACCAUCUCAUGGGACCUAUUCUGCAAGGAAAACAGUUUGAUACAUUUCAAAGUAGGUCAUUUGAAGGAAAUUCAAAAUUAUGUGGAAGGCCAUUGACAAAGAAAUGUAAGAAUUCUAAGGCUUUACCACCUUCAACCUUUGAAGAGAGUCAAGAUUCAGGGUCUCCAUUUCAAAUUGGUUGGAAAAUUGUUGUCAUUGGGUAUGGAUUUGGACUAGUUGUUGGAGCGGCUAUUGGGCACAUUGUUACUGCAAGGAAUCCUAAUUGGUUCAUGAAGACCUUUGGAAUGAGGAGAGUGGUGAGGGGACAUUAG